GAAGGCUACAGAAACGCUGGUGUUUUAGGUGCGCUCCAACGCAUGCGCAAGAUCGCUUUCCUCCACUUGUGGAAACAGGAUAUGCGCUUCGUCGACACCAUCUGAAGGAAUUUCAGAAAUUGCAAAUAUCACGUACAGAUAACCAAAAGGAGGAGUCCAAGGAGGACUUUCUAUUUGAGAAGCUUAACAGCCUCAGAGUGUAGAGCUUGGUGUGACAGGAGGAGCCUCCAACUUCGACAGCAGGAAAAUGGCAGAUAUGUCAGCGGAAGAGAUCACCACGAGGGCCAACCAAGUGACCGAUGAGUCCUUGGAGUGCACCAGGCGGAUGCUACAGAUGGCCGAGGAGACCAGGGAGACUGGUGUCAAUACCAUCGACAUGCUGGACCAACAGGGAGAGCAACUGAGACGUACAGAGGAGGGUAUGGACCAGAUCAACGAGGACAUGAGGAAGGCUGAGAAGAACCUGACUGACCUGUCCAAGUGCUGUGGCCUCUGUGUCUGCCCCUGUGACAGGGUGACAUCCAUAGAGCAUGAUUCUAAGUACAAGCGUACCUGGGGAACAGGUGAUGGUACAGGAGAGGGAGGGGGUGGCUCGGUGGUGUCCAGGCAACCCUCGGGCAUCCAUAACGGACAAGCCAACCAGCAGCAGCCCAUGGGGGGCUCUGGACCCUACAUCAAGAGGAUUACCAACGAUGCUCGGGAGGAUGAGAUGGAGGAGAACCUGGAUCAGGUGGGCAGCAUCAUAGGGAACCUGAAGAACAUGGCCAGUGACAUGGGCUCUGAGCUAGACAAGCAGAACAAACACAUCGACCGCAUCACAGAAAAGGCGGACAUAAACAAAGCACGUAUCGAUGAAGCCAACCAGCGAGCCAACAAGCUCAUCAAGUAGACCUACCUACCUGCUCCCGUCCACCUUGAAUCUCUGCCUCAGCUUCCAUGUACAUAAACACACACACUCUCUCUCUCUCUCUUUCUCUUUCCUUGAGGACAAAGUAAAUCAACCAGGACAAAACCCAUGAACCAACACCUACCACACACACGUGCCUUUUCUGUAAUGAUGUAAAUAUGCUCACACAAUACUUACUCUCUUCUACCUUUUUAUGACUAGUUCAAAGUUCCUUGCCUGGGUCCCAUCCCAAAUAUGUGACACAGUGAAUCACUUUUUCAGGCGUUGUGAGAUCUGUGCCCAUAUUCAGAAAGCCUCUGAGUAGGAAUGCUGAUGUAAGAUGGUUUAUAUAUAUAUUAAUUCAGGCCCUGAUAAGCAGUGGAGCUGCUGAGAGGAGGACGGCUCGUAGUAAUGGGAUAGUAUCAAACACAUGGUUUCAAUGUGCUUGAUGCCAUUCCAUCCACUCAUUCCAGCCAUUAUUUUUGAGCUGUCCUCCCCUAAUAUGUGCAGUGUCGCUGACGAAAAUCUGACCUGGAACAUCAGAUUCUCACCGUCUGUUGCCCCCUGGUGGUCAUGGGGUGUCACAGCAGCUGUAUACACCUCAGGCAUAUGCAGGGAAGUUAUGAGACAACAGCUCUUCAUAUCAUGUAAUUUGGCUCUUGUAACUACUGUUAUUGUUUGAAAUGUGCAUAUUUAAUUAUUCUUAUAAAGCACAAUAAGGCUGACCUACUGCGGUUUGGAUGGAAUCUCUGCUCUUGACCCUCAUUGGCUUGACAAUGAAUGAGCAAUGGAGUUGUCAAGAAUACAAACUGAUCUGGGACCAGGCUACCUCUCUGGCACCAGUGGAUCAAAUGCUGUACCUCCCCAUCAUUGUUAUUUCACUCCUUUCUAUUUGAACUGCCACGUUUUCACCUGAGACCUUAAGUGCCUUUGUCUUGGAAAGAUUCCAGAGGCUGUGUUGUAACAGCCUGGUCCCCAAAUCAUCUCUUCUGUGUCAGUAAUUUAGUCAUGGAUUCAAUCCGUUAUGUCGAAGACCUGCGCUUUAGUGUAAUUGACAUUUUAAAGGCAAUUUUCCCGCGUUUGCAGAGACUGCAUUUACGGUAAACACUGCACAUGUCAGCUCAAUCGGCAAUUACUUUUGAAUUAGAUCUCUAUGGUGGAUCUUCCACGCUAUGAUUCAAUUUAACCUCUUAUUCAUCCAGAAAUGUCCCAUAUGUUUCUUCAUUAAAUAUUUGUAAGAAAACUAAGUAAAAGUGUUUGUUCUUCUGCAUUCAGGUAUGUUCUGGUUUAGACUGAAAGAAACUGUGAUAUCUAAGGCUGGACAUUAACCAAAGUGACAUUUGGGCUAAUUUAGAUUUGUCAUAAUAAUAGUUUAUGCUAGCUAUGUUAUACUACUGUCUAGAGUAUGUUGCUUCAACACCAGAGUGAAAUAACAUUUCAGGGUUACCAACUGUAAUGUCAAUUCAGCAACUGCAUCUCUUUCAGUUAAGAAUAUGUUGAGGAAAACAGUUUGCUCUCUCUGGAUGAUUGUUUAAUUGUUUCAUAGAAGUGCCUUUAUUUCAAUCUUUUCAUUUUAAACUUUAUAUUUGUAAAAUUCAUUAAACUGUUCAGUAAAACCUU